CGUGCACCGGCCGGCCGCGCUGCAUGAUGUCAUUCAUCAGCACACACUCACACAUCGAACAGGUCACUCGACCGCGCGCCUGUUUACAUUACGACUAAGCUCCUUCUGUACGCGGUGACUUCACGGCGACAACCCGUGUCUGUGAUUUAUAUUUAAUAAUUUAUUGUACAAAAUAGUUAAGUUAUAAAAUGGCCAACAACAGGGCCGCGAAGUCUGGAUUUGCCGCAGAAGCUCAGAGAAAGAUAAACAGCAAAUACAGUGAAGAGCUGGCAGAGGAAUGCUUAGAAUGGAUCAGGCAGAUAAUCGGCGAGCCCGACAACACCUCGGGAGAUAUGGACAACUUCUAUGAAGUGCUUAAAGACGGCACAGUGCUCUGCAAGCUCGCAAACAAUUUACAACCAGGCAUGAUAAAGAAAGUUAACGAAUCCAAAAUGGCUUUCAAAUGCAUGGAGAAUAUCAACGCUUUCCUAGAGGCAGCAAAGCAUUUCGGAGUUCCUGCUCAGGAAACAUUCCAAACCGUUGAUUUAUGGGAGCGACAGAAUCUGAACUCUGUAGUCAUAUGUCUGCAGUCUCUGGGAAGAAAGGCGGGCAAUUACGGCAAACCUUCAAUAGGACCGAAGGAAGCUGAAAAGAACGUACGAAACUUUACAGAAGAGCAACUUAGAGCUGGACAAGGAGUCAUUUCUCUUCAGUACGGCUCCAACAAAGGCGCUAAUCAAAGCGGAAUCAAUUUCGGCAACACAAGACAUAUGUAAAUCUAUUGUGAGGUCGUUAAUCGUCCCCUUCUUUCAAAUAAGUUAAACUUUCUGUGAGAAAGAGACAAAAAUAUUUGAUCACCUUAUCUAAGAAUAAAAUCAUUGACCUUUAUUGUACACUCCGAAUAAGACAUUUAUGCCAAAUAUUGGCAAUUAAAUUUUAUAGGCAUUCCGGUAGUUUUUAAAUUGUAUUUCAAAAUUUAAUAGAAAUAAGCUAUGUACUUACAAGACAAUAUAAGAGAAAAAAAAAACAAAUAAUACCUAUUAAAUAAUGAAUUAUACUGAAAAGUCAUAUUUUCUAGGUGUUCAAGGUUAGUUAUUGAAUCUCCAUUAUAUAAAAUGAAUCUUAAAAGGACCACGUUCAAAUUGUUUAGCAUUUAAUGUGACGUCAUUCCCAUUUGAUUCCAUAAUUUUGGAAUUUAUUUUUUUUACUCUUUAAAAUAUUGACAAAUGUAAGUUCGUUUUGUUCUUACUUAGCUUAGUUAUAAUUUAAUAUACUUAUUUUUAUAUAACGAAUUCAUUAUUGCGAUGUAUUUUUAUUUAUGUACCAAUAAAACAUGGAGACUUAAAUACAGAUCUUAACGCAGUAUAAUAAAAAAAAUAUGUUCAAUAUUAUAUAUAAAGUUUCGGUAAAUAUUGUGCCUUCCAAGCCCAUAG